GUUACGUUUUGUUAGCUUUAUAUUUUGGCUGUAAGUUCCAACAACUAUGUGCAUUUGAAAGUGAAACACCUUAAGUCUGGUCUAAUCUGAAUAAUGGAACCUCUUGGCAACCRAACCUCAACUGUCAACCCUUUGCCUACAAGCUCACAUCCAAACAGCACUGACAAGCCCACWGAAACACCAAGUUUGGAGAAGAACUCAGACACCACAGCCUUCCUUGUGUCACUUGCAAUCAAUGGGUUAAUAGCCUUCAUUGUUCUUUUUCUCUUCUCUUUGCUAAGGCGAAAGCUCAAAAAGAUAUAUUCUCCAAGGCUGAUUCUUUUAGAGGGAAAAUUUCCACUAGGAAAGCUUCCCAGAUCGUUUUUYUCUUGGGUCAUACCUUCACUAAUGGCCAAAGACGACGAUGUGUUUUAUUACGCUGGUUUCGAUGCGCUUGUUUACAUUCGUUUUCUAAAGCUUUGUAUUAAAAUUUCCGCGGUAAUACUACCAUAUGGUGUUGCUGUUUUGCUGCCAUUGAAUAUCUAUGGGGGACACCAUGGCACUGGUCUUCCUAAAAUGACUUUGUCCAAUUUAUUAGAAGAUUCACCAAAAAUGUGGGCGCAUUUCGUUGCGGUUUGGGUUUACACUUUUAUAAUAUGCUAUCUGUUAUAUGAAGAAUGGAAAGUGUUUAUUAUCUACAGACAAGAGUAUCUAGCAAAAGGACUGCACCACCAAUAUGCUGUGCUUGUCAGGGAUUUACCAGCRAGGCUCUGUAAUGAGGAGAACAUGAAGUCUCAUGUUGAUACUUUAUUCCCAAACCAGGUUGAGGAUGUGACAAUGGUAGAAGAGCUUGGCAGAUGGGAAUCAUUGGUCUCAAAGCAUGAUAAACUUGUAUGGAAAUUAGAAAAGGCCAAGUUUGAACUUGAAAGAACAGGAGAAAGACCAAGCUACAAAUCCAAUGUAUUUGAUGAAGAGAGRGAUGCAAUAACAUACUAUGAAAAUGAACUCAAGAAAUUGCAGUUAAGGCUAGAAGAUGAGAUGCAUCAAGAUCACCUUGURUAUCCAUGUUCCUUUGUGAUAUUCAAGUCUCUUAAGUUUGCCAACCAGUCUCUCGUUAAUAACUCACCUCUAAGGAAAAGAAAAAAAGCAUUUCCUGCCCCUUCUGCAGCUGAAGUARUUUGGGAAAAUCUUAAACUGAAUCCAGCAAAGAGGACUAUUCGUUAUUUCCUGGUAAUGGUAAUUGUUCUAUGGAUUGUGAUUUUCUACUUCAUUCCUGUUGGCUUUGUUUCUUCUCUUAUUGCUCUAGACAGACUGACAGAU